AUGGGGGUGGUGCAUCGUCGUCCAGGAAAUGGAAUAAUCUCCGUCGAUUUCGACGGCAAAGGAAACAUGAACAUUUGUGUCUACAAUGACAGAAGUCCAGGUUCUAACGGCUUCUUCUUUGGGGACAGACCAUUCGACUUCUCACUUCCGGUCACCUUAUUCCAAGUCUUCUUCAUCGUCCUCUUCUCCCAGCUCAUCUUCUUCGUCCUCAGGCCUAUCAGAACACCCAGAUACAUGUGCCAGGCCGGCAUUUUGGUGGGACCUUCGUUUCUGGGGAACAACAGGGUAUUCAAGGAGCAAGUGUUCAUGGCCAGACAAGUUAGUGUGCUGGCGGUAGCUUCAUUAAUAGGACUCAUAUACGCACUUUUCAUCCUCGCACUGAAAAUGGACAUAAUAUUGACUUUAAGAUCGGCGAGAAGAACAUGGAAGCUGGGUAUAAUAUCCUCCUUGUUCAGUUUCUGGGUUAUGUUAGGGCUUAUCUACAUGUACAGCCCCGAGAGCCUCCCAGAUCUUCCAAGCGCACGUGAUCGCAUCCUUUUCUGUGUCAAUGCCUCGUUGAGUAAUUUCGCAGUCAUCUCCCAAUCCUUGAUGGAUCUCAACCUUAUAACCUCCGAACUAGGUCAGAUCGCUUUAUCUGCGGCCAUGAUAAACGAUAUAGUACACGCGCUUUCCUAUCUGGCAUUGUAUCUCGUCCACAGCAAAGAAGAGGGAUCCCAAGCGCAUUCACUUUUUCUCAUAUUGGUGAGCUUUUGGGGAUUCGUGGGUUCAUGCGUAUUCAUAGUACGCCCAGCAUUGCUCGUGAUUGCCAGAAAAACUCCGACGGGGAAACCUGUGAAAAAGGCAUACGUUGUGUUGAUACUCACGAGUGUGCUGGCUAUGGCAUUUAUCUCGGACGUUAUUGGUUUGUCUUUUCUCUUUGGCCCAAUGUUCUUCGGUUUAAUUAUGCCCAAUGGCCCUCCUCUGGGUACCACGAUCCUGGAGAAAACUGAGAGUUUGGUGAACGAGUUCUUUCUCCCUUUGUCCUGGGCUUUCGUGGGCCAGAAGAUUAAUGUGUUUGGAAUCUGGAAUUGGGAUGUGGUUUCCAGGAUUAACUUCGUCAUUAUCGCGGGAUACGUCGCCAAAGUGAUUGGGUGCAUUCUAAUUUCACUGACCUACAAAAUUAGGCCCAAACAUGGCCUCAUCCUCGGUCUCAUACUCAACAUGAAGGGCAUUGUCGAGAUCAUCAAUUAUACCCGAAUGAAGAGAGUUGAGAUCUUGGACGACCAACUGUACUAUUUUAUGGUUUUCUCUACGGUGCUAACGUGUGCAAUUCUGCAUCCUUUUAUUGACCUCCUAUACAAGCCUUAUACUCGAUUGGAUAAUCACAGUAAACGUUACCGACCAAUAAGAACGAUACAAAAUAGUUACAGAAACCCUGAGUUUUGCAUCAUAUGUUGCAUACACAGUGAAGGCAAUGUUCGAAGCCUCAUGACCCUAAUAGAAGCUUGCAACCCAGUUCUGUCAAGUGCAAUUUGUGCCUACGUGGUGCAUCUCGUCGAGCUCCUAGGUAAAAGCACGCCUUUUCUCCUCCCGGUGAACUUGAAAAGAAGAAGAUUCUCUUCAUUCAACUACCCCAUCACCCUCCACAUCAUGCGAGCCUUCGAGAACUACGCAGGUAACACCGAUGGUCUGGUCACUGUCAUGCCCUUCAUCAACGUCGCGCCCUACAAGAACAUGCACGAAGCUGUGUGCAACCUCGCACAGGACAAGCUUAUCUCCUUCAUAGUCCUUCCCUUCCACGAGAACGACCAGUCGCGUGGCAGUCUCAUGACCGUCACGAUCCGCGACCUCAACCGAAACUUCCAGUUCUACGCGCCAUGCACGGUGGGCAUCCUGGUGGACCGGUUCUCGCAGCUGAGCAUCAGCACGUCCGCAGGGCUCACCUUCCACGUGGCCAUCUUCUUCCUCGGAGGAGCCGACGACCGGGAGGCUCUGGCAUUAGGGAACCGAAUGUCAGACCGGCCCAACGUAAGGAUCUCGUUGUUUUACUUUGUGGUGAGGAACGAUUACUUGAGAGAUGGAAGUAGUUACAGCAAAAAGGACGAUGAAAGUGACAUGUUUAGUUGCAGAUAUGAAGGAGAAGGUGAAGAGGAAGAAAGGGCGUGGGACGAGAGUGCGAUAGAUGAGUUCAAGGCGAAGAGCUUAGGGAAUGGGAAUGUGUUUUGUGAGGAGAUAGAGGUGGAGGAUGGGAUAAGGGUAUUGGAAACAAUAAGAAGAUUGGAGGGAAACUAUGAUCUGGUCAUGGUGGGGCAGAGACACAGUAUGGAGGGUUUGGACGAUCAAGGGAUGUGCAAUUUCAUGGAGAAUGUGGAGACCUUAGGGAUCGUUGGGGAUAUGUUGGCGUCCACAGAGUUCUGUAAUGGCAUGGUUCCUAUCUUGGUCAUGCGAUCUGCUGUGCAGCAAUUGAAAAGGAAUAAUAGCUUAAGUUCCAUCGCCAUCUCUCAAGGCAGUUUUCUUUGA